AUGAUUUUGCAAGGAGGCUUGGCGCUUCUCAACCAGCAGUUCACGGCCUUGUUCAGGAAGAACCUGCUGCUAUCAUGGCGGAACAAGAAAGCCACGUGUCUUCAGCUCUUCUCUUCCUUCUUCUUCAUCUUUGUCAUCUUUUGUAUCGAGGAAGCGAUGAAGGCGAGCGAGGCAUCCUCAACGGCGUACAAGAAUGUCACCGAUCCCACGCUUCUGUUUUCGCCGCCGAUCCCUCCUUGUGAGGAUAAGUUCUUUGUGAAGCUUCCUUGCUACGAUUUCGUAUGGAGUGGGAACAGUAGUCGCCGCGUCACUGACAUUGUCUCUGCUAUCAUGGCCAACAAUCCGGGGAGACCAAUUCCUAACGACAAGGUUCAAUCAUUCAAAGGCCCCGAGGAGGUCGAUGCAUGGUUAAUGUCACAUCCUUUGCAAGUCCCAGGAGCUUUGCAUUUUGUGGAAAGGAAUGCUACUGUAAUCAGCUAUGGAGUUCAGACGAAUUCCACGUCGGAGAAAAAACGUGGUCGUGCUGAAGAUCCAACGUUUAAGUUCCUUGUUCCUCUUCAAAUCUCAGCAGAGCGUGAGAUAGCGAGGUCUUUAAUUGGAGAUCCAGGUUUUGGUUGGGGUUUUGGAUUUAAGGAAUUUGCGCGCCCAGCUAAUAAAAGCGAAACCAUCUCUGCACUCAGAAUCAUGGGACCAAUCUUCUUUCUUGCUUUCUCCAUGUUUGGCUUCGUUCUCCAACUCGGUUCUCUGGUUACCGAGAAAGAGCUAAAACUUCGUCAGGCAAUGACAAUGAUGGGAGUUUUUGAUACAGCUUAUUGGUUAUCAUGGCUCACAUGGGAAGGAAUCCUUACCUUCAUCUCCUCACUCUUCCUAGUCCUCUUUGGAAUGAUGUUCCAGUUCGAUUUUUUCUUGAAGAACAGUUUUUUUCUUGUCUUCUUCCUUUUCUUGCUUUUUCAGUUUAAUAUGAUUGGCCUAGCAUUCGUGCUAUCAUCUUUCAUUAGCAAAUCAUCUUCGGCUACAACUGUUGGUUUUCUUGUGUUUCUGAUUGGUUUCAUGACACAGAUUGUUUCAGCUACUGGAUUCCCUUAUUCCAGUGCCUACUCUGCCUCUCGCCGGCUCAUGUGGUCACUCUUUCCACCCAACACUUUUUCUGCUGGCCUUAAGCUUCUUCUUGAUGCAACUUCAUCUCCCGGAAGCUCUGGAAUUAGUUGGAGUCAAAGAUCAGCAUGCGAAGGGGGCAUGGCAACUUGCGUGAUUUCAGUUAACAUUAUCUUCCAGUGGCUCCUCGGGACAUUCCUUUUCUGGUUUGUUCUGGCCAUCUACUUUGACAAUAUUAUUCCCAACGCGUCCGGGGUAAGAAAACCCAUCUUCUACUUCUUAACACCGGGUUAUUGGACUGGCAAAGGGGGCAACAAAGUGGAAGAAGGGAGCAUUUGUAGCUGUAUCGGGUCAGUUCCACCCGUAGAGUAUGUGACGCCGGAGGACCAAGAUGUGCUUGAAGAGGAGACACUGGUUAAACAACAAGCAAUAGAUGGGAUUGUUGACCCUAACAUUGCAGUUCAGAUACAUGGUCUUGCAAAGACAUAUCCCGGAACCACAAAGCUUGGAUGUUGCAAGUGCACCAAAACGUCCCCUUUCCAUGCUGUGAAGUUUGAUAUCCUUUGGGAUGCUUUAUCCAGUGAAGAACACCUCCACCUCUUUGCUAGCAUCAAAGGGUUGCCACCUGGACUGAUCAACUCGACUGCUGAGAAGUUACUGGCGAAUGUAAAACUGACAGGAGCCGCCAAAGUUAGAGCAGGAAGUUAUAGCGGUGGGAUGAAACGCCGACUCAGUGUCGCUGUAGCACUCAUUGGUGAUCCCAAGCUGGUCUUCCUAGAUGAACCGGCACGUCUGCUUUACUACGCUUC